UAUAUAUCCAUGAAGAAUGAAUAAGGCCAAGUCACGUGUAAUAAUAUCACCACUCCACUCUUCCGGGUGUUGGCAGUCCGAUAACUGGGGUUGACUACAUGGGAUACUGCUUUUGUCAAAUUUGACUUUUCGUAGCAGGUUAGGAGAAUUUACACAGCAUGUUAGGAUAAUUAACGUAGCACGCUAGGAGAAUUAGGUUACGAUUUGGAAAAAGGUCAGAGUUAGCUAAAAUGCCAAAAUAAAUACACUUUUGACAAAAGCUGUAGCCUUUCUAGCCAUGACCACUUACUGGGUGAAAGGUGAUGAGAAGCGCUGCAUACACCACGAGAGGAGCAACAACACAAACUACCGCAAGCGCCUUCCUCUACAGUCUAGUCUAGAAAAUAGCCGUAACAUUAUUUUUUAUUUUGAAUGGACGAGCGAAAACAACUUUUCACAUAUCGGAAUUUGCAGAAUAUCGCAAAAUACUAAGGUGACAACAUGGCUAACCAGGUGUCAGAGUUCCCCACUGAGCGGACGUUCCAGUACCAGCAUAGCCUGCCUCCUCUCCCUGUACCGUCUCUAGAGGGGAGCCUUGCCAACUACCUGGAUGCAGUGCUGCCGUUUGCUACAGAGGAGGAGUACCAGGUGACUGCGGCCAUAACGAAGAGGUUUGGAGAGGGCAUUGGCAAAGACCUGCACCAAAAACUACUGCAGAGAGCCAGGACACGCAGGAACUGGUUGGAGGAGUGGUGGUUGGAUGCAUCCUAUCUGGAAAUGCGUUACCCCUCCCAGUUGAAUGUGAACUUCGGAGGUCCUGCACCCUACCUAGAGCACUGCUGGCCCCCUACAGAGGGAGUACAGCUACAGAGGACCAGCAUAAGCAUGUGGCACACUCUACAGUACUGGGACCUGCUUCGCACGGAGAGGCUGGACCCUCAUAAAGCUGGUAAUGUGCUGUUGGAUAUGGACCAGUUCAGAAUGCUGUUCUGUACAUGUAAAGUUCCUGGAGUCACCAAGGAUACCAUCAUCAACUACUUUAAGACAGAGAGCGAGGGUCCAUGCCCCUCCCAUGUGGUGGUGAUGUGUAAGGGGCGUUUCUUCUCGUUUGAUGCAGUGUGUGAUGGACACAUUCUUACCCCUCCAGAGCUGCUCAGGCAUCUGACCCAUGUGAAGCAGUGUUGUGAGGGGGAGCCUACAGGUGACGGAAUCGCCGCUCUCACCUCAGAGGAGAGGACACGCUGGGCUAAGGCCAGGGAGUAUCUGAUAGGUAUAGAUCCAGCCAAUAAGACCAUCUUAGAGACCAUCCAGAGCAGUCUGUUUGUGGUCUCACUGGACGAUGCUAAACCCUACGCUACUGCAGAGAACUACACACCGGUGUCCCUGGAGGUGCUGACAGGAGACCCCACCAUCCGCUGGGGAGACAAGUCCUACAACUCCAUCUCCUUCGCUGACGGAACCUUCGGAUCCAACUGUGACCAUGCCCCAUUUGAAGGCAUGGUGCUGGUAACUCACUGUUACUAUGUGGAUCAGCAGCUCAAAGCUACAGACGGCAAGUGGAAGGGCUCUGAGACAGUGCGGCCUAUGCCUCUUCCUGAAGAGUUGGUCUUCACUGUGGAUGACAGAGUCAGGAGUGACGUUGCACAUGCCAAGCAACAGUACUUUGAGACUACUCAGGACUUGCAGGUGGUGUGUUAUGCGUUCACCUCGUUUGGGAAAGCAGCCAUCAAACAGAGGAAGCUCCACCCAGACACCUUCAUACAACUGGCCCUUCAACUGGCUUAUUACAGACAGCAUGGGAGGUUAGGUAGUUGCUAUGAGACAGCGAUGACCAGAAGGUUCUACCACGGCAGGACUGAGACCAUGAGGCCCUGUACCCUGGAGGCACAGAACUGGUGCCAUACCAUGCUCCUCCCUGCAGCCAGCGCUGAGGCUAAGAGGAAAGCCCUGCUGCUGGCCUUCAACAAGCACAACAAACUGAUGGCUGAGGCACAGAACGGAAAAGGUUUUGACAGACAUCUCCUGGGCCUGUACCUGAUCGCCAAGGAGGAGGGACUUCCUAUGCCAGAACUUUUCACUGAUCCACUGUAUUCCAAGAGUGGCGGGGGCGGUAACUUUACCUUGUCCACAAGUCUGGCUGGCUACACCACAGUUCAUGGAGCGGGCGCUCCCAUGGUGCACCAUGGCUACGGGUUCUUCUACCGCAUCCGUGACGACAGGAUCGUGGCUUCCUGUACGGCGUGGAAGUCCAGUCCAGAGACAGAUGCAGAGACACUGUUCCAGAACCUGGUUACCUCCCUACAUGAGAUGCUACAUCUCGCUACCACAGCUCAGCUCUAACACACACACACGCAGAGUUUUUAGAUGGACAAAAUUAAACAAUUAUUAUUGGCUGCCAAAUCAAUGCAAAGGCAUUGUAACAAUGCGGCAGGUAGCCUAGAGGUUAGAAUUAGGCCAGUUACUGAAAGGUCGCUAGUUUGAAUCCCCGAGCCAAUAAGGUGAUAAAUCUUUCGAUGUGCCCUUGAGCAAGCCACUUAAACCUAUUUGCUCCUUUGCCAUGACCCUACUCUCCGGGGUUGUCUCAGGGGAGUUGGGAUAUGCAAAAAAACACAUUUCCAAUGGGAAAUAGGACAAGCAUAAGCACCCACCAAAUUAUUAUUACAAUGCAGUCCUUGAUUGUUUUCUUAAUGUUUACUUUUGCGCUUAAAUUAAUGUAAUUUUCUGAUUUUGUGCGGCAGCUAGAUUGGGAAUUUCCUGUUUUAAAAUGUAUUGAUUGAACUUCCUACCAUGAUUCCACAAAUUCAGGUAAUGCCUCCUUGUUUUGGCCUGUUUGCUUCAGAUUCGUUCCUCGUGAAUAUGACUCAAGACUAAGAGCAGGAAACGUCCCCUGGCACUAGAAUGAGUUAUACCGUAGAGAUAUCAAAUCAAGUUUAUUUUAUAUAGCCCUUCGUACAUCAGCUAAUAUCUCGAAGUGCUGUACAGAAACCCAGCCUAAAACCCCUAACAGCAAGCAAUGCAGGUGUAGAAGCACGGUUGAAGCACAGUUGAAGUCGGAAGUUUACAUACACUUAGGUUGGAGUCAUUAAAUCUCGUUUUUCAACCACUCCACAAAUUUCUUGUUAAAAAACUAUAGUUUUGGCAAGUCGGUUAGGACAUCUACUUUGUGCAUGACAAGUCAUUUUUCCAACAACUGUUUGCAGAAUUUACAUAAUUCACAAUUCCAGUGGGUCAGAGGUUUACAUACACUAAGUUGACUGUGCCUUUAAACAGCUUGGGAAAUUCCUGAAAAUGAUGUCAUGGCUUUAGAAGCUUCUAAUAGGCUAAUUGACAUCAAUUGGAGGUGUACCUGUGGAUGUAUUUCAAAGCCUACCUUCAAACUCAGUGCCUCUUUGCUUGACAUUGUGGGUAAAUCAAAAGAAACCAGCCAAGACCUCAGAAAAAAAAUUGUAGACCUCCACAAGUCUGGUUCAUCCUUGGGAGCAAUUUCCAAACGCCUGAAGGUACCACGUUCAUCUGUACAAACAAUAGUACGCAAGUAUAAACACCAUGGGACCAUGCAGCCAUCAUACUACUCAGGAAGGAGACGUGUUCUGUCUCCUAGAGAUGAACGUACUAUGGUGCGAAAAGUGCAACUCAAUCCCAGAACAACAGCAAAAGGACCUUGUUAAGAUGCUGGAGGAAACUGGUACAAAAGUAUCUAUAUCCAGAGUAAAACGAGUCCUAUAUCGACACAACCUGAAAGGCCGCUCACCAAGGAAGAAGCCACUGCUCCAAAACCGCUAUUAACUUAUUAUGGCUGCAGGGGCAGUAUUGAGUAGCUUGGAUGAAAGGUGCACAGAGGUGCCCAUAGUAAACUGCCUGCUCCUCAGUCCCAGUUGCUAAUAAAUGCAUAUUAUUAUUCAUAUUGGAUAGAAAACACUCUGAAGUUUCUAAAACUGUUUGAAUUAUGUCUGUGAGUAUAACAGAACUCAUAUGGCAGGUAAAAACCUGAGAAGUUCCACUUCCUGUUUGAAUUUUUUCUGAGGUGGCAGAUUUUCAGCCAAGCUCUCAUUGAAAUUACAGCGAGAUAUUGAUGAGUUCACUUCCUACGGCUUCCACUAGAUGUCAACAGUCAAUAGAACUCUGUCUGAUGACUAAUGUGAAGGGGGGCCGAAGGAGACAGGAAUUAGUCAGGCCUGCCACGAGCUGACCAUGCUUUCACAUGCGCAUUCACAUGAGGAGGACCUCCGUUCCACCGCUCAUCUGAAGUCAAUCUAAUUCUCCGGUUGGAACGUUAUUCAAGAUGAAUGUUAACAACAUUCUAAAGGUUGAUUCAGUACAUCGUUUGACAUGUUUCUACUGACUGUUACGGGAACUUUUGGACAUUUCGUCACGUUAUAGUGGACGCGCUUUGUGACUUUGAAAUUGUUUACCAAAAGCGCUAACCAAAGUAGCUGAUUGGACAUAAAUAACGGACAUUAUCGAACAAAUCAAGCAUUUAUUGUGGACCUGGGAUUCUUAGGACUGCAUUCUGAUGAAGUUCAUCAAAGGUAAGGAAACAUUUAUCAUGUAUUUUCUGGUUUCUGUUGACCCCAACAUGGUGGCUAAUUUGGCUAUUGUUCUGAGCUCCGUCUCAGAUUAUUGCAUGAUUUGCUUUUUCCGUAAAGUUUUUUUGAAAUCUGACACAGCGGUUGCAUUAAGGAGAGGUAUACAGUGGGGCAAAAAAGUAUUUAGUCAGCCACCAAUUGUGCAAGUUCUCCCACUUAAAAAGAUGAGAGGCCUGUAAUUUUCAUCAUCACUGUAUCUAUAAUUCCAUGUGUAUAACUUGUAUUAUCAUCUACAUUUAUGAUGAGUAUUUCUGUUGAAACAAUGUGGCUAUGCAAAAUCACUUGAUGUUUUUGGAACUAGUGAAUGUAACGCGCCAAUGUAAACUCAGAUUUUUUGUUAGAAAUAUGAACUUUAUCAAACAAAACAUGCAUUUAUUGUGUAACAUGAAGUCCUAUAAGUGUCAUCUGAUGAAGAUAAUCAAAGGUUAGUGAUUCAUUUUCUCUCUUUCUGCUUUUUGUGAAAGCUAUAUUUCGCUGGAAAAAUGGCUUAUUGUGGUUUGGUGGUGACCUAACAUAAUCGUUGUAGUGCUUUCGCUGAAAAGCAGAUUUGAAAUCGGACACUUUGGUGGGAUUAACAACAAUAUUACCUUUAAAAUGAUAUGACACAUGUAUGUUUGAGGAAUUUUAAUUAUGAGAUUUCUGUUGUUUGAAUUUGGCGUCCUGCACUUUCACUGGCUGUUGUCAUAUCGAUCCCGGUAGCGGGAUGCAGCCAUAAGAAGUUAAAAAAGACAGACUACGGUUUGCAACUGCACAUGGGGACAAAGAUUGUACUUUUGGGAGAAAUGUCCUCUGGUCUGAUGAAACAAAAAUAGAACUGCUUGGCCAUAAUGACCAUUGUUAUGUUUGGAGGAAAAAGGGGGAUGCUUGCAAGCCGAAGAACACCAUCCCAACCAUGAAGCACGGGGGGGACAGCAUCAUGUUGUGGGGGUGCUUUGCUGCAGGAGGGACUGGUGCACUUCACAAAAUAGAUGUCAUCAUGAGGGAGGAAAAUGACGUGGAUAUAUUGACAUCAGUCAGGAAGUUAAAGCUUGGUCGCAAAUGGAUCUUCCAAAUGGACAAUGACCCCAAGCAUACUUCCAAAGUAGUGGCAAAAUGGCUUAAGGACAACAAAGUCAAGGUAUUGGAGUGGCCAUCAAAGCCCUGACCUCAAUCCUAUAGAAAAUGUGUGGGCAGAACUGAAAAAGCGUGUGCAAGCAAGGAGGCCUAUAAACCUGACUCAGUUACACCAGCUCUGUCAGGAGGAAUGGGCAAAAAUUCACCCAACUUAUUGUGGGAAGCUUGUGGAAGGCUACCCAAAACAUUUGACCCAAGUUAAACAAUUUAAAGGCAAUGCUACCAAAUACUAAUUGAGUGUAUGUAAACUUCUGACCCACUGGGAAUGUGGGUCAGAAGCUGAAAUAAAUCAUUCUCUCUACUAUUAUUCUGACAUUUCACAUUCUAACUGACCUAAGACAGGUCAUUUUUACUAGGAUUAUAAACGUCAGGAAUUGUGAAAAACUGAGUUUAAAUGUAUUUGGCUAAGGUGUAUGUAAACUUCUGACUUCAACUGUAGAUAGAAGACUGUAGUGCCCAAAAGCCCAUUUCAGCAAGGGCAGUGCCAUUGAGGACUUCCUAUGGGCGGCAGGUAGCCUAGCGGUUAAGAGCAUUGGGCCAGUAACCGAAAAGUCGCUGGUUCGACUCCCCAAGCCGAGUAGAUGAACAAUUUGUCUGUGACCUUGAGCAAGGCACUUAACACUAGUUGCUCUUGUAACUCACUCUGGAUAAGAGCAUCUGCUCAAUGACUAAAAUGUAAAAAUGUAUGGGUUAAGGAAGGAUCACAUAAUUCCAUCCAGGUCACCAGGAUUAUACUCGUAAAUGAGACAUUCCAUAACUGCAGGUGGCAAUAUUUUGCAAACCUUUGGUUUAUAUCUGUUCAAACAACACACUCUAGGUGGCAGUGUGCUAACCUGGGUACCAGUCAUUUUAGCUAACAUUCCAUUGCUUGCCACUUCUGUCAUUUUCCAAGGAGACUGGCCUUUCUUCAAUCUUCAAAUAUGAACAUUCUAUAAUUUAAUGAGCUCGAGGACAGAGGAUUUGAUGCUGAUUCAAUAACCCUCAUAGCUAUCCUCCAAUCAAAGGUUAUGCAAAUAUUGGAACUUUUUUCUGCACCGAUCUUGGUGUCCUGUUGCUAAGCUAUGUUUUUUUGCUAGGUGCUAGCUCAAGUUGCUAACUUGCGUCUUAAAGGAGCUACAUGUACAAUUUUUGCAUUGUAAUUUCAUAAAAUGUCUAAUAUAUCUGCAGUAAUAGUGGAA